UCAAUGUCAGCUUAAUGUCAGUGGAUGGAAUGAAGUUCUAAAUUCCAAGCGGAAUUUUAAUUUUAAAAUAAAUAAAAAAUAAUCAUGUUAUUAUUGCUUAGUCAAAUUAUUUGAUUUAUUAGUGCUUGCUUUUCAGCAAACUUUAUACUUUGUAUAAACUGUAGAAUAUUGGUUGCAAAAUGCGGGGAAAAAUAGUAGCUGGGGUAGUAACUGUGUCUUGCUUGCUGCUCAUAUUGGUGUUUGCGAGAAUCUACCAGAAGCUGUUGACGGCUUACGAGCAAUCUGGAAAACUUGUUGAAACCGAAUAUGCUUGGGUGAUUCUUCUGUUGCUGAAUUUAGCUGGCUAUGCAAUUAUUCUUCUACCUGGAUUAAUAUUGUACAAAUAUUUGGACAAAUCAAAUUAUUUUGAUAAAAUUGGCACUAAGACUAGCUGUAUAUACCGAUCACUGUUUGCGUGUUUCGGAGAUCCGGGGGAGAAAAUACCAGAGUCUGUGAAGGCUCAACGGGCGGAGGAGACUCCAAGGAAAGAGGCAUUGGAAUUAGCAUUCUGUUUCAUCGGCCUCAUGGGCGCUUAUCUCAUAUGGGGCCUCCUGCAAGAGAAGAUUAUGACACAGACAUACGUGAUGCCGGACGGGGCCCUGGUCCGCUUCAACGAGUCGCAGUUCCUGGUGUUCGUGAACCGGCUGUCCGCGCUGCUGCUGGCGCUGUGCAGGCUGCUGUACUCGCGGCAGCCGCUGGUCUGCGCGCCGCUGUACAAGUUCUCAUAUUGUUCGCUCACGAACAUCAUCAGCGCCUGGUGUCAGUAUGAAGCGCUCAAGUAUGUCAGCUUUCCUACACAGGUGCUAUCAAAGUCGUGUAAGGUGAUACCAGUCAUGCUGAUGGGGAAAGUGAUCUCGCGCAAGAAGUACGAACUGUACGAAUACGUCACAGCGGUCAUGAUCUCGCUGGGAAUGAUGCUGUUCAUAUUCGGCAGUCAUGACGAUAAUGGAGUGUCAACAGUGACCACGAUGUCCGGCCUAACCCUUCUAGCCUUAUACAUAAUGUGCGACAGCUUCACGUCCUCGUGGCAGAGUGCCUUGUUCACUCGCUACGGCUGCUCCUCGCUGCAAAUGUUGUGCGCCGUCAAUCUGUUCUCGGUGUGUCUCACCGCCUCCGCCUUGCUGCAGCACGCGGGCUCCGCCCACUAUCUGCGCCUGUUGCAGACGCCGAUGUUCGUGUGGGACUGCCUGCUGCUGUCGCUGAGCUCGACGCUGGGCCAGCUGCUCAUCUACCGCACCAUCGCCCGGUUCGGGGCCGUGGUGUUCACCGUCAUCAUGACCGUCAGGCAGGCGGUGGCGAUCCUUCUGUCAUGUAUAGUCUAUGGCCACUACAUAUUCCCGAGCGGUAUUGUAGGCAUAAUUCUAGUAUUCCUAGCUAUAUUCUUAGGUGUCUAUUGCCGACAGCGCACGCGCAAACGAAGAGCUGCCAAUGUUUAGUCAGAGGAUAUAAAAAUAGACCUUAAUGUAUUGUAAUAAGGUUUAAUAUUUACAGAUCUGUCAAUGUCUAAUUUUAUUUAUUGGUUUCUGUGAAUUCGAAAUAUCAAAAAUAUAGCUAAUCAAAAUUAGAUCUUGGUGCAUUUAUUAAAGUUUAAAAUUGACAAGCGUGUCGAUGUCUAAUAGUCUGUAUAAAACCUUCCAUUGAAAAUCUUUUAAAGAUCGAAAGUUGUUUAGCUAGUCUAAAAAUCCGUGUAUUCCUUUAAUAACUAUAUAUUGUUAUAAUAAAUCAAAUAUGUUGACAUUGCAAAGAUUGAAAAUUGUCAAUGAUUUGUCAAAAUGAUAUAUGAAAAGACUUGAUUUCUUUUGAUUUUUUUAUUUUCAAAAUAGCCAACAACCAAAAAAAGGAAAAGAUUGUGAAAUAAAAUAGAAAUACCAUUUUGUAUAUUAGGUAUAUGUAGUUGAGUUAUUUGAAUAUUGAAAAAUCGACUUUAGAAUUAAUUUUUGAAGUAAAAAUUAUGUUUUUAUAUUGAAGAUACUAUAGUAGCGUCUUCAAUAUACGAAAGUAUUAUAAAAUCUAAAAAUAUCAACCAAUUACGAAAAAAUAUUUAAAUAUUUUAAAGUGUUAAGUGAAUUAUAAAAAAGUGAGUUUCAAAACAUACUUCAUUUUUAAGUCAAGCGGAAAAAUUGUUAUGACUUUAUUUAUCGUCCUAUGUCGUAAUUUCAACACUGUGGGAUGUAUUUUAUUCUUACAAGAAGCGGGGUAUAAUAUAAUGCCUUUUUAAAUAGAGUCCAUUUCCGCUUGCCCGAAAAAUUGAGUCUAAUAAAUUUAAUUAUCAUUUCAUACAUGUCGUUCACUCAAAUAAAUGAUAAUACAUAUCAGUUCAGAACGAAUGAAAUGAAAUAAUGUUCAUAAGAAAUUGAAAAAAGUGAAAAUCGAUUUUCUUUGAAAAAAGAUACGGAAUACUUGACAUACGGAAGAUAUCCUAAAAUUGUUCCGUUUUAUUUUUGAGCUACAAAGCUUAAAUAUUUUCUGUGUGUUUUGUAAAGGGCUUUGUUGAUAUUGGUUCUUCUGUCCUGGCAAUUAUUCUUUGACAUUUGUAUGGUGUAUUUAAUAGACAAUAUAUAAUGCACAAGUGAUUUUGACACGAGUUCUUCUAGAUCAUGUAUCUGCAUACCAAAUACGUUAUUUUUUUAGUGAAUAGCUUAUAUAAUUAUUAGAUAUUUUUUAUUUCAUUACCAUUAUGCAGAUUAUUUUAACAUAUUACACGAAAGUAGUUCAAACUACGGUAUAAUUUUACUGGAAUAGAAUCAAUUAUACGUAAAGUUUUCUUAAUAUAAUUAUUUUUAACCAACAUUACUAAUUAUAGUCCCUAUAUUUUUGGUUUUAAUGAAUAAAAUAUAAAAUACUGUAACACCAUUCUCGAAACACAUACAGUAUUUUUUUACGUUUAAAUUAAUAAAACGUAUUAUUUUUGAUUUGUAAAACAUCUUCUGCUCAUUUAUAUGUUGGAAGGUACUUAUGUUACUGCAUACAUCGAAUUAACCUUAUUAACCGCCGCAGUCUAUUUACCUACCUAAAAACACUAAAGCGGCAAGUUACGGUACCUACCUUGGGUAUCUUGACGACCUCGGUGGCGCAGUUUUAAAGUGCUUGCCUCUGAACCGAGAGGUCCCGGGUUCGAUCCCCGGUCGGGUCAUGAUGGAAAAUGAUCUUUUUCUGAUUGGCCCGGGUCUUGGAUGUUUAUCUAUAUAUGUAUUUGUUAUAAAAUAUAGUAUCGUUGAGUUAGUACCAUAGCACAAGUCUCGAACUUACUUUGGGGCUAGCUCAAUCUGUGUGAUUUGCCCUAAUAUAUUUAUUUAUUUUAUAUUAUUUAGUUGUAUGUUUACGAUAACGUUUUUGUGUUUUUUAUGCGUGACCCGGCGGUUUAAAAGGUUGAGGGCGCAAAUGUACUUCACGCCACAGCUGAAGUAAUUACGACUUUUUGGUUAUGUGUUUAAGGACCUUUUUUCUUUGCAGCAAAAGUAAUAGAGAAUUACCUGUACUAUUACAUUCCCUGUAAAACUGCAGUACGUAUACUGUUGCCUCUUUAGUUAGCUUAUAACCGUUUUAUUCAUAAACAGGUAUGGAACGCUCAAAACUUUUUUAGUUUAAAUAAUAUGUUUUGUCUCGUUCUUUCAAGCAUUAUAAUCUGAGAGGCAAAAUACAUUUUUACAAUAUUACUUAUUAUAUACUUUUUAUGAAUAAGAUUGCUGGAUUUUAAAUGACUUUGGUAUAAUGAGAAAGACCAAAAGAUUGCUGUGAUUUCUAGUUGAAUGAAGUAGAUUAUUGUAACGACUACUUAUCGGACGUGUUGAAGUUACGCCCUAGAGUUUAAUACAGCUACAAGUGUCAUAACUUGGUACACUACCAUUUUUUCUUACGAGUCCUUACAUGUAAACAGUCUUUAUAGUACCUAUCGUGUAUUUUUGAAGUGAAAACUUCUUUAGCGGCGUUGUGCACUUUUAGUGAUGGGUAAAAAAUGUUACACUCGCGUCAGGACACGUGACAAUCUCGAAAAUUCGUAAGACGUCAAAAAUGCACAACUUCAUUCAAGUUUUCACUUCUACACUCCCGAAGUGCAAACCGUUUUUUUGUGUGUAUUUCAUACUAGCUUUAGCCCGCGGCUUCGCUCGCGUUUACUUCAUACGUUCGCCCAUACUUUAUUAUUGUCAAUAUGUAAGGUAUCGCAAUGAAACCUAUGCCAGAUUUUUAGUUAGGUAGACCAUCCGCUAUAUAACUGUGAACCCCAUCCAAUUCCAUCCAGUAGAUUUCGCGUGAUGCGCAAACAAAUAGACAAAAAUUAAAAAAGAAAUGUUAUGGCUUCUAUUAGUGCCCUCAAAGUCCAUAAUUGUUUUUAAAUACACCAAAUCUCCUAUGUACAGACAUACCUCGCUUACAGUUUUAUUAUAUGUAUAAAUGAAAGUAAGUUUCUAAAAAGUCUAUUUUAAUUUAUAUUGUAGUAAAAUCAUAAAAAGACAUGGUAAGAUUGCUUACAUAAUAUAAGACUUAUAAGAAAAAACGGAGUUUGCGCUGCAUUGUUUCUGGACUUGGUGUAUUGUAAAUAAGAAAAGGUUGUUUGUUGACGUGAAUUUGAUAUGUUGAUGUAUUGGACAGAAUUUGUAUUUGUCGGAAGAUUGUCAUUUGACAAUGACGACCAUCAUGUCGAACAGAUAGUUAAGAAAUUGUUUUAAGAAUAAAUACUACACUAUACUCCAUUUCUGAGGCAUACGAAAAAAUAUAGUGACGUGUUUGGAAUGUUUAUUUCUGCAUUCGCAUUUAUUGCCAUCUCGCUUUCACAAUAGAGAAAGCGUCGCUUUCUCCGUCCUUCAUUGAGCGGAAUAUAAUAGAAUUUUAUUAUUAAACAUUAAUCAUGUUUGGGUUCCGGAUAUUACAUUGAGCUGUACUUAUUAGUAUAUUUAUUUUAAUGAAUUGACAUUUAAUGUAUUUUGUAACAGUAUAUUUCAUUACAUAUCGCUCAUAUUUUUGUUUCACGGGUCAGUAAAACCCAAAAUGAGAUGUGAAUAGAUAGGUUGUGUGUCCUAGUAGAUAUUGUGAAAAAUAUAUUCGAGUUACUGUA